GGGCGCUGAGGCGGGGCCGGGGCGAGCGCAACAAGGAGGAGGAAGGGGGCGGCGGCUCCGGAGCCAGCGCGCCUGCCCGACCGGCGGCGAGAGCGACGGGGACGAAGGAGCUCGGGCGAGGAGGAGGAGGAGGCGGGUCUCCGGGCCGGGGCGGCCGGGCCCCAUGGGCGGGUGUGUGGGCUCCCACCACGACUCCUCGGGCAGCCUCAACGAGAACUCGGACGGCACCGGAGUUGCACUAGGUCGUAAUCAGCCCUUGAAAAAGGAAAAACCAAAAUGGAAAAGUGAUUAUCCGAUGACAGAUGGACAACUGCGCAGCAAAAGAGACGAAUUUUGGGACACCGCACCUGCUUUUGAAGGCCGCAAGGAAAUCUGGGAUGCCUUGAAGGCUGCAGCACAUGCAUUUGAGAACAAUGAUCAUGAACUUGCACAGGCAAUCAUUGACGGUGCAAACAUAACAUUACCUCAUGGUGCUCUUACCGAGUGCUAUGACGAACUGGGAAACCGAUACCAGCUUCCUGUCUACUGCCUGGCCCCGCCCAUCAACAUGAUAGAAGAGAAGGGGGAUUUAGAGACUCUGGAUAUUCCCGAUCCACCACCUAACUCGGGUCAUGAAUGUCAGCUUCGUUUACGCCUCUCAACAGGCAAAGACCUCAAACUUGUGGUCCGCAGUAUGGACACUGUCUAUCACAUGAAGAGAAGACUGCACACAGCAGAGGGUGUGGAGCCCAGCAGCCAGCGGUGGUUUUUUUCAGGCAGGCCCCUGGCAGACAAAAUGAAACUGGAGGAGUUGAAAAUACCAAGGGACUAUGUGGUGCAAGUCAUUGUGAGCCAGCCCUUAACAAACCCCACCCCGGUGGAGAACUGACUUUGCCUGUAUGUUUCUCUUUUCCUUUUCUGCUCUUCUUACCAUGUGGGAACUUUUUCACUAUUUUUGUUCUCUCCGACUAGUGGGUUGGUUCUAAACAAUGACCAGCAGAAAUUCCAUCUGUGAUGGAGCUUUAGGGGGGGAACACACACACAUGAAGCACACACACGUUCCUAAACUGCCCCUGGAGACUUUGCCCAAUUUAGGAAUUCUUGACACCACAGUAAGACGUUCUUAACAAAGUAAAUCUGGAACGUGUGUGAAAGAGAUCCUGAAGUUUACAGAGGAUGAUGCUUAAAAAGUGGUUUGAACUAUAAGUGAAGUACUGAUCCAUAAAAGGGAAAGGCACUUUUAAAAGGAUUAAACCAAACUGAAGUAUUUUGUGAAAUCAGCAUCACUUACAGUUCAGCCAAUCAGUGUAGCUGCUCUGGUAAAUCUAGUAUGCUGUGAUAAUUGUAGGAAUUGUGUCUAUUCUAGUUUCACAUUAGCUCAACAAGGCUAAUAUUUAAAUGGGAUGGUGAAGGAUUCUGGGACAGACUAUCAGGUGCAAUCUGAUUAGUAUAGAUGAUCCCAAAUUAAAGUUUUUUGGUAUAUACUGAAAUAGCAAGCAAUAGUGAUUUGCCAUUGCUGGCUUCAGUAUGUGCAAAAUAUUGCUCUCUGAAAAAUUAGGCUAUUGUUUAGCAAAUAUAUAAUGUUACAUGGAAUUGCAGUUACCAUAUACUUCUGUAUCUAGUUAAAAGGCUUAUUAUUUGAGGUUCACCAGCCUGAGAAACAAAAACAAAAGAAGGCACAGGACUUAUUUCACUUAGUAUGUUAGCCGAUAAUGUUUAGGCCCAAUAUAGUGAUUUUAAACCCCCUUUAUUCACAGCAAUAGCUAUUAACACACUACAGAAGAAAAGCACAGGAAGCCCUGUCAUACACUUCUGUAAGGUAAGGGUGUGCAACUUGCUUGACAGUAUCAUAUAUCUCCCCACUGAUCUUUAUGUUGCUUGGCAUAAUUGGGACUCAGAUGCAUCAUCUUAUUCUGCUAAGUGAUUACACACACACUUGACCCUUGGGGGAAGAGAUGGGAAUAAUGAUUGAAAAUUAGGAAGAUAUUGUAGAUUGUUAAAUCAUCUGAUCUUUCCUUUACACCAUUAGAUCUUUCAAUAUUUUGGGGGGAGUUGUAUAUUUCAAGAAUAUUUGUAUUACUAUUCCACAAAUCCUUAUAUCAGGGGUGGCUUACCAGUGGGCCUCCAGAAAUUGUAGGAUCCCAGUCCCAAUCAGCCCCAGUCAACAUGGCCAACGAUCAGGCAUGAUGGGGGUUGGAGUCCUGCAGCAUCUUGAGGGCCACAGCUUAGUUGCUCCUGACCUAAAUACUUUUGUAUCUUGCUGGUGAUGGGUAGCUUACAGAAAGAAGUGGAUUGAGUUGGUUUGUGAAAAGCAGUGUGCAUAUUUCAAGCAUUCUUUAUCUUCCCUGCCAUGGCUUCAGUUACACUUAUUCACACUCAUGCAUAUGACAGUGUAUAUGCAGUGCAUGUAUGUCAGAUUGAUGGGCCACUUUUUCUACUUGGCAGAUUUAUCUGAAACAUCACAGUAACCUUAGCAAUAUCACACAGCAUUUUCCCUUCAGAAUGUGAAAGCAAGCCAUUCUUUAGAGUAGGAGGUAUAUCCUUUUAAGAGGGCUUCGGGCAAGAUUGAUAGCAGUCCAGUUAAAUUCUGUCGAGUAAUACUGAACAAAUCAGUCCUAGCAAUGUGCAUCUUUUGAAAAGAAGUAUACAUAACUAAUUUGUUUAGAUUCUCUGUGCUUUUUGUUGUCCCUGACCUGGUUCACACAUGACACAAAGCCAAACCAUGGGCUUGUCGGAAAAAGAGCAAACGUGGGUUCCCAGAGAAAAGAUUGUGGCUGCUUUUCUCCUCCUCCCCUUGGUUACAGCUUGCGGUUUGUCUGGAGCAAGAGAAACCAUGAAAUUGGGUUCAGACAGAAUGCUCAGGCAAGAUAUAGCUUAGCUCACAGCAGUGCAGCAGCAGGACUGGAAGGGGAGCAAAGUGACAGUGAUUUUCUCUGGGGAAGCCUGCUUGUUUGCACUAAGCUAUGGUGCAGCUUAAUAUUACAUGUAUACUUGAUCAUUGGUUCUGUUCUUUUGGUGUGGUCAUGUUCCUGUUAGCACCACUAUUAUUAAUCAUUUUUCAAACAGAACUCAUUAAUAUUCUUCUUGCUAAGCACUGAAUCUACUUUACAGUUAUUUUUAUCUGUGAAAAGGCAUGUUUUUGGUCCACUGAUGGAAUAAUCUAGGGUGGACCUCUUCCUCUCUGCAGUGAGGAGAGCUACAAUACUUAAGUGUCCUAUAACUAACCUAGCCUUACUCGGGUUAUCUUGCUGUGAUAACUAGAAACUAGAACAAUGAAACAUAAAAAUUUAGAAUUAUAUCGCAUUUUCAGUGUAGGGUAGGUUGCAAAGUUUCUCAAAGGAGGUUUCUCUUUUUGGAAAUCAGUUCAGACUUGGAACCACUUGCCAUAUGAAUGUAUCAUUGUGUGUCACCACCACAGCAUUCUUCUGGGCACAGUCGAAUACUGCAGGGUCUUUCAAUGUAGUUUUGGCCAGAUGGCAGCAGCAUACAGCAAAAGGGUAUCUGUCUUCUAGGGAUUUGUUAAGUUCCCCCACUUUCUCAGAUACCAUGUUCACUUGUGCUAAUAUUAGGAGCAAACACUUAUAUUUUAGAAGUUCAGAAGGAUGCAGAUCCUUCAUUUGUCACAAAGGGUGCGUGCUAAACAAUUGACUAAAAAGCUAAAAUAUUUAAGGCAAAAUCUAAUGUCAUUGUGACUCUUUUUGAAGUCAUUCCACAUGUACUGAAGUGAAAAGGAAUGCUAGACUGCUGCAUAAAAACUCUAAAUGCUGAUUUUUGGAGAGGCAUCCUAGGUGUUGAUCCAUUUAGUUGGUACCAGUUAGUUUCUUUGUAAUUUCCAAGUAAUAAACUUAUUUGGUGCACACCACAGCCAUUACAUAUCAGAAAAAGUAUACCUUGCAAAAUAAAAGUAUGUGUCGAGUGGUCUCAUUUUUCCCCAAGUUAAACAGACAAAAAUAAUUUAUAGAUAUUAAAAUUGAAUUGAGCUAAAAAUAGGCUGAUAACUUCUGUGACUACUUCUGCCCUUUUCGGAAUAUGUUCAGGAUUACGUGAAAUGUUUUCAAGCCACGUUGCUUGAUGGCUGGGCCAGCUCCAGGUUUGUGAUGUGAGGCUCACUCAGCCAGAUGCCUUCCAGUGGGCCACUUCUCAUACUUCUGAUUCCUGGAGGAAGGCAGUAGUAGCUGCUUCUUGCUGCCAUUGACAGAGCGAAUGAGCAAGCAACAGUCACUGCUGUUCUCAGCCACUAUUGCCACUUGCUUAUCUGUGUGGUGGGUGGAGGUUUGCCAGUCAUCUUUGACAAAGGGGGUGGGCAUCAGUUAUGGUUUCUGCUGUUCUCCAGUGGCCAGUGUUGUGGGUCAGGUGAUAAUGAUGGGCCCAUGACAGCUGCUUAAGGAUGCUGACCCUUGGCACUGGCCAUGCUUGAUGAAGAUAGGUUUCCAACAUGCAUUCAGGUAUUCAGCAUGUAUUUGGCAAAGAAUAUGAGUUCCCGACUGUAGAAUGCUCUGUGGUAGUCAGACUUUUCUUAGGGAACAAGUUACAAGAGGGUGUUGGAGUAGCUCCACUUACCUCUGCCACAAGUUGGCUUCCAUGAAUGCAGCUCUACAGUUCUUUAAAAAUGCAGUCACCUUCUCCGACAAACAUUUUCACAUCGGUGUGUGUGUGCAUGUGUGUGAAGAAAUAAAAACGUGUGCUUGACACUUUUUAAGCUGAUGACGUGUAAAUUUCCAGAUGAUGCUGCACUGAAAAAUGGGAGCUGCACUCCCACUUCAGCAAUUAGAAUGGAACAGCUUGAAAGGAAAAGGUCAUUAUCCCUACAGUUGGAAUGGUAGUGAAAUUCCUCCAAACUGUGAUGAAGGACCAUAUUGGAACUUGUGCACGCACAUGUGUGCACAGUAAAUCAAUAUACCUCCCUUUUGUACUGAUGGCAGGCACUCAAGGAUUGCUUGUCUUUCAUAAGCAUAGUGGUGACUUAACCACCUCUCAAGCUCUAAACAAAAGUAACUCCUCAGGUAUCGUGAAUAGUUUUUACAAUGAGUGGAAACUGCAUGCAUCUGUUAACCAAGUAGGAGUCUUAGUUUCUUGCUUACUCUUUCUCUUUCCUGCUUAGAAAGAACUGGGUUUUUUAGGGGAAACUCGAUUAUAAGUCAGGCAUAUCCCUUUCACCAAAUGUUGUUCACCUUCACCCAGCAGUUAGAAUAAGCGAGGCAACUGGAUUUUCAUUGUUUUUAAUCUCCAAGGCCAAGCAAUUUCAUUUAUUACUUUUAACAGAAGACUAAUUCAAGUAAGCACUGUUGCAUGCAUUUAAUGUUUUAUCAGCAUGCAGAUUGGGUUCUGGCCUAUGCCAGCUCAUUCCCAUCGUUGGAGUCAAAGCUUUUCCUCUUCUGCAGACAUACAUGCACACACUCACAUACAUUCUAAAGACAGAACACUUGGCAUAGAGCUACCAAGGGCAAACAAGCAAACAGUUACAAUAUUGUUCUUUACAGUGUAACACAUUUAUACGCCAUUUCUGAUUUACCUUCUCCCCUUUGCUAGUGAAUUAUAUCUACAGACAUAUGGUGGUGGCAGGUUUGUUUAGCACAGAGCUUUGGUUUUCAUGCUUGUUAUUGCAGACGUGUCACUAGUACAUGACCCAGAAGUAAUGGACUCUCUGUAAUCUGUCUUGGAUGAGCUUGAAAGGCAAAAGGACAGUAGCGCUGUUGAUACUGCAUUAUGUAAAAAAGCGGGUUGCGAGGAGAAUGAAUGCAUAGGAGACACAUACUGCUUACUGUGCUCCAUCCUAUUCUGAAAACAAAACAUGUGACUAGAGCUUUGGCUUAGUACAUUAGUUGCAUUGGCAUUACACAAAAUUCUACCACGAGACAACGAGAUUAAGAAAAUGAUCACAUUAAAAGCCAUGAUUGUAAUUCUCUUGAUCUCUAAACUUUAGAGAGACUAAGGAGGUAUUUGGGAAACGGUGUAGUGUGAAAUUGCAGUGUAAUAAACUGGGUUUUGAGAGGAUUUUGAUGGACAAAGAUAAUACCUCUUUUUUCAAUACUGUAGUUUCAUUAUUCAUUUUACAAAAAUAAUCAGGAUUCAGAUUGAUGCGAUGAGAGCAAUAUAUUCAGCUGUGGCACAAUGCGUUUUGAUAAAACAAGAUUUUAAGUGUCGCUCACAAGAAGGGUAAAUGGGCCUUCAUGUUUAGUGCAUUGCUCCUUAGGGAGAAAAUAUAACAAAAUCAUAUCUGGUAGGUUAAUGCAAUUCUGUGCUGUUUUUGAAAAUCAUUUUAGGAUUGCAGUCAUUGACAUAUCUCUUAAUUUGUCUCAGAGUGUUAGUUAUGCAUAUCGGAUGUCUAAAAAUAUAUGGUUUUCUAACAGCAGUUCCUUUGGUCUUUACAUGAUUGUCCCUGGCUAGGUUGUUUUUGCUUAAGAUUGUAUGGAGCUUUUGGGGGGUGCAUUUCUUCAGUUGUCUGCAAUAAUCCAUUUUCAGUUUACUUCUCUGACAACCCUUUUCCUGAGUGUUGUUUUUUUAAAAA